AUCAAGGAAGACAGGUUGGUGGGGGGAAGAAGAGUGGCAGGGAGAGGGAGAAUGCGUAGAGGACAAAGGAGAGGAAGACCAAGAGCGGUGGUCUCUGACGAGAUAAGGGCCACAGUUAUUGAGCAUGUUGGUCUCUCUUUGAGAGAGAGGGGCCGGUUUAAAGGUGCAACCAAAUCUGCAGCGUUCCACAGCUGCAUCAAUAAUACGAAUUCUCCGGCAAGACAACAGAAAUGGCACGGGCAAAGAAGGCUCCUUCAGAAGCGUCUGAAUCGAAGCAGAAGUCGAGGAAGCAGAAUGGAGAAACGUCUGGGGCCGCAGGACAAACCAUCUCCAAGAAGCUACAGCAGAAGAUGGACGGGAAGACCACAUUGAGAACAGGGCCUGUUUUACCAACCACCAUGACCAAAUCUUCAGUUGGGAAAAGAAGUGGACCAGGAAGCAUCCUGCACUACAUUUACCAGAGUACACUGGGGCAGAGCCUUCAUUCUCAGAUGAGACAGUGUCUCCAGAAGCCGUUUGUACGUACCCUGUCCUCCUAUACGCUCCACCGUACAGCCAGUCCGUUUGACCGGCGGGUCACCUGUCUGGCGUGGCACCCCUCACACCCCACCACCCUGGCGGUAGGCUCCAAGGGAGGAGACGUAGUCCUCUGGGACUACAGCGUGAUCAACAAGACCAGCUUCAUACAAGGGAAAGGAGCCGGGGAUUUUAUUGGAGGGAUGACGUUUAGCCCGACGGACCCGUCCAAGGUCUACCUGGCGUCCGGUGACGGUACACUGACCGAGCAGAGCUUUCAGGGCGGUCCAGCAACGGUUCUGUCCAGAGUCCAGGACUGUGGACAUGAUCACCACAAUGUCUGUCUGUGGUAUUGCUGUGUAGAUGUGUCGUUGAGCAGACAGAUGCUGGUGACAGGAGACAACAUAGGACGAGUCUUAUUGCUGGGCAUGGAUGGACACCAGGUCUUCAACGAGAAGUUACACAAGGCUAAAGUGACCCAUGCUGAAUUCAACCCUCGCUGCGAUUGGUUAAUGGCGACAGCGUCUGUUGACCACACGGUGAAGCUGUGGGACCUGAGGAACAUCAAAGACAAGAACAGUUACCUCCACGAGAUGGUUCAUGACAAAGCUGUUAACUCGGCCUACUUUAAUCCAGUGGACUGCUCCAAGCUCCUGACCACGGACCAGUAUGACCAGAUCAGGGUGUACUCCUCUUCUGAUUGGUCAACUCCUCAGCGGAUUAUCCAGCACCCACACAGACAAUUUCAGCACCUCACACCUAUCAAGGCCUCGUGGCACCCUCUGUACGACCUGAUGGUGGUUGGACGGUACCCUGACGAGAGGGUGUGUCCAGGUGCCCUGAGGACCAUCGAUAUCUACGAUGCCAACACAGGAGAGCUGGCAUGCCAACUACUGGACCCCAACGCCCCUGGCAUCAUAUCUGUCAACAAGUUCAAUCCAAUGGGAGAUGUUUUAGGAUCUGGAAUGGGAGUGAACAUCCUAGUGUGGAACAGAAGUGAGACAUUUGCUGGUAAGCAGCAGAGAGGAGAGCUACAACAGGAAGCAGGAGUCCAGGUUGGCAGAGGUAGAGGCCAGCGGAGGAGAAGAGGGGAGGCUCGGAGGAGGGGGGAGGGACGGGGGGAGGAUGAGGACGACAUUGGGAAGCUGAAGAAGAAGCUGUCUUCCUCCUCGGCGACCAGAACCAGAACAUUCAGGGACAAACAGCACAACAGCCAGACACAGAAGGGUCCAGAUAAAUAAUCAGGGAGAAGGAGAGAUGUUGUUUGUGAUGUUGAAAGAGUUACGUAGUUAUUUCUGUGACAUUGUCGUAUACAGGUAACUACCAAAAUAAAGGAAACGCCAACAAAAAGUGUCUUAAUAUUGCGUUUGGCCACCACCAACCGCCAGAACAGAUUCAAUGCACCUUGGCAUAGAUUCUACAAGUGUCUGGAACUCUAUUGGAGGGAUGCGACACCAUUCUUCCACGAGAAAUUACAUCAAUUGGUGUUUUUUGUUGAUGGAAAACACUGUCUCAGGCACCACUCCAGAAUCUCCCCAUAAGUACAUUUACAUUUUUAGUCAUUUAGCAGACACUCUUAUCCAGAGCGACUUACAGUAGUGAAUGCAUACAUUUCAUAUUUUUUAUUUUUUUUUCUUCUCCGUACUGGUCCCCCGUGGGAAUCGAACCCACAACCCAGGCGUUGCAAACACCAUGCUCUACCAACUGAGCUACACGGGACCAAGUAUUGAACUGGGUUGAGAUCUGGUGACUGAGACACACCCUCUAUGUUCCUUUGAGAGCCCUCUUUCAGUCACUGAGACACACCCUCUAUGUUCCUUUGAGAGCCCUCUUUCAGUCACUGAGAUCUCUUCUUCUAGCCAUAAUGGGCAACUGGGAAUUUUUAUACGUGACCCUAAGAAUGAUGGGAUGUUAAUUUCUUAAUUAACUCAGGAACCACACCUAUGUGGAAGCACCUACUUUCAAUAAAUGUUGUAUCCCUCAUUUA